AUGUCCAACCAAAAGGCCCUAUCAUUGGUUUGUAAUUUCGGAUCGAUAGCCAUGGCCCUCAUUGCAAACUUUCUAGCUACUUCUAAAGAUGACGAGAACGAAGAUGAAGAUGAAGACGACAAUAUCAACUUUGAACAAACACUGGCAGCAAAUCUUCUCGACGAGUGGGCCUUCCUCUACAAUGAUCCAGAUGUUCAUGACCCAGACCAGAUUUACUGGUCUGAAUUUAUGUUGGAAAUGAUCAAAAGCGCACAUAUGAAUGCAAUGGCUGGAUUCCUUGAUGUUGUGAUUGCCGCAUGCGCUGCCUCACUAGAACGUGCUCUCAACUUUGUUGCAAAGCCCAAAGCUUCCAGCAAUGACCAAAGCAUCAGCACUAGCAGUGCAAAGGGCAGUACUACCAAGGGUCGCAGAAUACUACCCCUCAAGCACAACAAAUCCAGUGGCAAAGACAGCACUGCUGCAUCAACAUUUUCAGAGGCAAAUUGUGGAUUGGCGACAGCUGAAUACUACCAAUCACUCAAGAGGCGGGGGACGAAGUAUACAAUGGACACAAUUUCAUUGGUGUGCCAACGCCAGGAAGCGAUCCAAAAGCUCAAGAAUGCUCCUGCUGAGGAUCUGAAACCCAAGGCCAGGCAUGCCCUGCUUUUGUCGUGCUUUUUCAAUGCGUCUCGCAAAAAUAAGUGUGAAAAAGCUGAGAAGAAGUGGAAUAUCAGUAAUGAGAUCUACUGA